UAUUAUCUCUUAGUAAGUCCUUAACUAUUUAUAUUUCUUUAGUCCAUAUUUAUAUAACACAACAAUGACUUCCUUUAAGCUUCAAUGGUGUUUCCUUUGUGUACUAAUUGGUGCAACAUCAGCUCAAUUAUCGUCAACAUUUUAUUCAAGCUCAUGCCCUAAUGCUCUUUCGACAAUUCAAUCUGCUGUUCAAUCUGCUAUUAAUAAUGAGGCUCGUAUGGGAGCAUCUUUAGUUCGUCUUCAUUUUCACGAUUGCUUUGUUAACGGAUGUGAUGGUUCGAUUUUACUAGAUGACAAUUCUACUUUCACCGGAGAAAAAACCGCAACACCAAACAAUAACUCGAUUAGAGGUUAUGAUGUAAUCGACACUAUUAAAACACAAGUUGAGAACAUGUGUCCUGGUAUUGUCUCAUGUGCUGAUAUCGUAGCGGUUGCUGCUAGAGAUUCCGUAGUUGCGCUUGGUGGCCCAAGUUGGACAGUACAAUUAGGAAGAAGAGAUGCACUUACUGCGAGUCUAAGUUUAGCAAAUUCAAAUAUUCCAAGACCCAGUUUGAACAUAUCCGACCUCAUUACAUCUUUCUCGGAUCAAGGCCUUAGUACUAAAGAUUUAGUGGCUCUGUCAGGAGCUCAUACAAUAGGGCAAGCGAGAUGCACAAGUUUUAGAGCUCACAUCUACAACGACAAUGACAUAAACUCAACAUUUGCAACAUCUUUACAAGGAAACUGUCCAAGUAGUGUUGGGUCAGGGGAUGACAAUCUCGCACCACUUGAUAAAACAAGCUCAACAACAUUUGACAAUGCAUACUACACAAACUUGCUAACUUCUGAAGGUCUUUUACACUCUGAUCAACAGUUGUUUAAUGGGAAUGGUGGAACAACUGAUUCACAAGUACAAUCUUAUAGUUCAGAUUCUUCCACAUUUUUCACUGAUUUCUCUAAUGCUAUGCUGAAUAUGGGUAACUUGAAUGUCUUAACCGGUACAACUGGAGAAGUUAGAAUUAAUUGCCGGAAAACCAACUGAUUUGGACUUUAUUGGUUCAUUAUUAAAUUUUGUUUUCGAUUAAUUCGAUGGACAAAAGAUUUAUAAUUAAAUUUUGGAAUUUAAGGCAAAGAAUAUAGUCUUUAUACAAAUAUUUUGUGUACAUGUAUGUGAUAAAUGUUAUCUUGUGUGUAGGUGCUUUUUUUUUUUUUUUUAAAUUUUUGAAAUAAUGUAAG